ACUUCACGUUGGUUCGAAGCAGAGACGGCAUUACGGCAACCCGCAACGUUGUCGUGUUUUGAUGUACCACGCGCACGUGGGUUAAGAUCGUGCUUUAUUAUUUUCGGUUUCUUAGAGUUAUGUUAGUUGCAGCUGCAUAUUGUAACUCUUUUGAUAUAACCCAGUGGCUGAUUUAAUUUUCGAGUGAAAAAUUAAUCGGCAAGAUGCAGCUUCUUAUCAAACCGAAGACCAAACCUUCCAAGUCCCAGGAAACCAAGGUUGAUGACUUGAUUUUGAAGAGAAAAAGUGGUGGAAGCAUUAUAGAUCAACGUCCCUUAUUUUCUCAAGAUGGAGAGAUGGUAUACGUUGUCUGGAAGCAAGUUAUUAGAGCAUAUAGUGCAAAAACUGGUGAUUUUGUCAAGGAAUUGGAACCAGCCAAACAUAAAAUAAUAAGUAUUACUUUGUCUCCGGAAAACUCGGAUACUAUUCUAGGUUGUACAGACAGUGGAGAGAUUCUGUAUUGGAACUCUCAAAAUGGACUUAUUACAAUGAAAACGCAACUAUUAAUACCUGACAAAGAUGUAAAAAUCAAAACCUUUCACAUUGCUCAUUACACAAGGUUUAAAAAAUAUGUCUGCAAUGCCGUUAUAACUUAUAUUGUAAAACAAGAUGAUGCUAAGAUUUUAUGCAUUCAAAUGUAUGACAUGAUUCUUGGAACCAAGACUUUAUAUCAGAAGCUCAAGAAUUUUAAUGAAGUUUAUUACAUUGAUAUUGUUGGAAACCAUGGUGAAAAUCUUAUAACAAUAGCUUACAAUACUUUUUUAUUUGUAUUGAGCCCUAUGUGGAAUUUAAAGUUUCUUCGCUACAAAAUUGGAACUGACAACGGACCCGACGUGAGAACUAUCACAUGCAUAUCUGGACAUCCCACAGAAGAGUGUGUGGCAGUAGGAGAUACAAGUGGUCGAAUUGUAUUAUGGAGACAACUUACACACUAUGACGAGAGGCAGCCAGUCAAGACAACCUUCCAUUGGCAUACAUUACCAGUCACAGAAAUCGUUUUUAGUACAUCAGGAACCCUGAUGUACUCCGGUGGUGGUGAGUGUGUUCUUGUAAAAUGGCCAUUAGAAAAUCAAAAAAAAAAUUCUUUUCUUCCUCGGUUACCUGCUCCUAUUAGACAUCUUACCGUUGCGCCAGAAAAAGGGUAUGUGGCAGUAUCUACUUUGGACAAUGGUAUUCUUAUUGUCGAUGCACAAAAUAAGCUGACUGCAGUAAUUCAAAACUUCACUAUGGGUAUUACUAGUAAUCCAAAAAGUCUAUUCCCAGCUGGACUGGCUGUAGAUCCAAGAACCAACAGUUUGGUUUUGAAUGGUCGUACUGGCCAUGUUCAAUUUUUUAACACUCACACCAAGAGCUUGCUGUAUAAUUUCAAUAUAACUGCUCAAAAUUUGCUAACUCAAGAAAGGAAUGCAAUAAUUGUAAAUACUGAAGUUACUAGAGUUGCUAUUAAUGAUGAUGGUACUUGGAUGGCUACAAUGGAAGAGCGAGAUGAUAGUGUGUCUUAUCCUGAAGUUAGGCUUAAAUUUUGGGAGUUUAGUACAGAUAAGCAAAGUUUCAUUUUAAAUACGUCAAUUGAACUUCCACAUGAAAAAGGAGUAAAUGCAUUGAAAUUCAGACCAAAAUCUCUCAACAACAAUCAACAAUUUGUUGUAACAGUUGGAAAAGAUGACAAGUUUAAAGUCUGGCAUCUCGCUGAAUCAACAUCAGAUGACAAAAAACAACAUUGGAAAUGUUACAGUGUUGGAUUUUAUCGAAAUUUGCCGGCACUGGAUGCUGGAUUUUCCACUGACGGUUCUCUUAUUGGUGUUGGUUUUGACUCCACUUUAACGCUGUGGGUCCCUGAAACCAGUGUACUGAAACAAAGUUUAAGCUAUUGUCUAUAUCGACAACCUAUAAUCCGAGUGGAGUUUGGUAAACAGGAAUGCUGUCAUCUCGUGGUAGUAGCUUCUACUGAACACUUGGCUGUUUGGGAUCUUUUGUCUUUAAGGGUUAAAUGGAGUGUAUCCCUGAACCUCACGAUAUUGACUGCAGAUCCUUUUUCUGUUUACAUGGCAGCGUUCACCACUGACAAUACGCUUGUUGUCUUCGACCCUGGACAUACGGACCCUGUGUAUAUUAGAAAAAAUGUUGUCGAAAAGGACGUCGCGGUCUUGGCCGCUUGUUUUGCCCCGAAUCUGCAGGACAACGAAGAAAGCUCGGCAGUUUGGCAGAAGAAGUCUCAGCUUCAUUUUUUGAAUUCGGAACAAGAGCUGCUUACUCUAGAAUCCAAAUCGGAGUCGAAGAUAACGUUGGAAAAUUUGUCUGCAAGUCGUAACUUACCGUUGACGGCGUUCAGUCGCAUCACAGCUGCGGAAAAAAUUACGAAUACCGAGAAACCGGCCUCUUACGUUCACGACUACACGAGAUUGAGUGGAAAAGGAGCCGUGGAAGAGCUCCUGAUGUCGGUUCCGGCUCACGCGCUGCCCCCGAUGAGGAUGCUAUGCAUGCCGUUCCUACUCUCGCUCAUGGGUACCCAGAACAAUAAGAACAAACAGAUCGAAAAGUCUUCGAGGAGCAAUGCGAAUGUCGAGGAGGAAGAAUUGGAUAGCGAUGAGGAGGAGGCGGUAACGUCUGAAGAGUUUCCGCUCAGCAAGGACAAGGUGGACAAAGACGCGAAAAAGGAAGAAAAGCUCAUUCAUUUUGAUUGGGACCGCGAGGCCCUGUUUUGACGAAAGGAAUAGCUGACGUGAUAUCGCUGUUGAUAGUAUAUAGAUUUUCGCAUCUAUUGAUUGUUGAGGAAUAUAGUUAGCUUUGUACAACGCAAACAAUAUUUUUUACUUGUCUAAAUAUUGUACAAAAAUUAUUGACGAAUACAGUUUGAAAAUAAUACAUAUUAUUCAA